AAUCCAGCGGGUCCGUUGUCCCGGAUAAAUAUUUCACAACCUGGGUAAUUCUAUUUAUUUGAGAUUUACUUCCUGUUGUUAUGCUCCACUGAAAUACUUACCGGCCCGGGUCUUUUGUUUACUUCAGCAAAUGAGCAGAUAAAAAAAAGCCGAGAACGGGAACAAGAGCAACGGCAAGAAGACAAGAUUGAACGGAGGGAAAAUGUGGUGCUCAGUGACUGCUGCUGGAACGGAAAAUGGUCCAGCACCACCGUCGAGAAGUAAACAUAGUGCGACAUUACUUGGAGGUCAUGUUUAUCUUCUGGGAGGUAGAAAUGGAAAUCUCCCUCUGAAAGAUCUCUGGAGGUAUAGUUUGGCUGAGAGUCGAUGGGAGGAGCUACACCCCAGUGGAGAACGACCUCCAGCGCUUCAGGAACACAGCGCAGUAGCAUACAAGGAUUGUUUAUACGUUUUCGGAGGCGAGCUGGGCUUCUCCGCGGGCACCGAAACCCCCCUAUGGGUCUACACAGUGAAGACAAAUUUGUGGAGAAAAAUACGAGCGCAGAGGGGGUGCGCUGUGCCGAGAGGACGAAGAGGUCACACGGCAUUGGUGCAUCGAGGGCAGAUGUUAAUCUACGGCGGAUAUCAAGAUUUACGUGGUAGUUCACCGGAAUUGUGGGCGUUUCACUUUGAGACGGAAUCUUGGCACUUGUUAUCGUCAAGUGAAUGUGGUCCAGCACCGCGUCAUAAACACUCGGCAGUUUUGCACUGCGACUCGAUGUUUAUUUACGGGGGUAUGACUGAUCUGCAGGAAAGAAAUGACUGCUGGAAGUGGGACGUUAAGGCAGCAAUGUGGACUAUGCUGAAGAAUAAACCGGGACCUGGAGCACUACAUGGCCAUGCUGCAUGCAGAUUGCCCAGUUGUAUGCUGAUAUUUGGCGGUGAAACCAAUGGACUGGCGACUAAUGAUCUUUGGCGGUUUCAUUUUGCCACGGAAACAUGGGAGAGAUUGACUGUACCUGGGCCAAAGCCGCAACCAAGAGCUGAAAGUGUUGCUCUUGCUGUUUCGGAGCUUGUUAUCAAAGGCAGUGGGAUGCAAGAUAAUCAACGGCCAAGAUUGCGUAGCAAUAAAACAAGAUUUUCAUUGUCUGGAAGUGGUGGCAAUCGAGUGUCACCAUGUGAAGCUCCAACGAGACCAAGUUUCCUCAAAGAAAUAUCGAAACUUUCACAAAUAAAUCUUUCAAGACUGAGUCAUCCUAACAAAUGCAGUUAUUCGGUAUUGAGUGGCCAGGAAGAUACUGAAGAGUGUCCGCAAGAUGUUAAUUCUUAUUAUCCGUUCCAGCAGGUUGAUUCUGAAUUAGCAGAACCAUCAAGCGGUAUGGUGAAAUCGCGAAGUGCUAAUGCGUUAGCUCGACGAAGACAGCGCACUUUGGCGGAGGCCAACAGAUGCAGCUUUGAAAGUUCAUCUUAUGAAGCUAAAAGUGCUCGUAUGACUCGCGAGCCUAUUUCUGUGCCAAACUUCCGUGCUCUGACUCUGCCUACGCCUGUUCUUACGCCCGUGGAAGCUGCGAGACUGGUGUUUGUCGAUCCUGACGAAGACAGCGAUGAUGAACAGAAAGGAUUAGCGACCACGCGACUUAUAGAUGUCGCUGAAGAAAAAGCCGACUUCGAAACACUUCAUCAAGCUUGUCAGCCUACGCGCGGGGAAAGCUACAGUUCUCAUCUGUACGAAGCUGUACAGAGUCCUAAGACACCUUGUGCAACUAAAAUUCCUACUUCAGCGUCUGUACGAUUCGCGGAUCUAGAAGAAGGUGAAGAAUCAACCUCGGAUUACGCGAGUAUAGAAGCAAGAAGUCCCGGAGAUCCACUCGCAGACGACGACUGGCCUGACAGAAAAAAGUCUAAACAACGCGCGCCAACGAUACGUGAAGGACAAUUCGGAUUUUGCAAUCCAAAUUAUUUAGGACUUGAAGCUACUGACGAUAAGUUUGCAAAAAUGCUCAAUAGUCCACCUGACAGUGUCCUCGAAGAUGCUCCGGGCAGAUCAGCCUCACAGACUUUCGCAGAAUUACUCGAGUUGCAGGAAAUAAAACCAAGAGCACCACCCAAGAGUCUGGCUCUUGGUUCUCCAUCCAGGAGAGCUGUCAGCGCGUCCCGUGCUGAGAGACAAAGAGAAAAAAUGGCUGCCAGUGAAGCUGUUACACCAGCACCCCUCUAUGUUUUUUUGGUCGGCGGUAAAGAAAAAGGUCUUGCUGGUGUUUUUGCACGACCCGUAUCUCUCUGGAAGCUCCAAUUAGCUCCGCAUAUUUUUUAAUCAAUCACACUGUAAUCUAAUCAACCAAUAACAGUUUUUGCUGACAGUUUCCUCAUCAUUUACCAACUAGAGUGUUGAUAAUUAUAGUGGUUGUAAAAAAAAUUUUAAAUUACUUGCCAAAUGGAACAGAGUAUUAUUCGUAUUCUUUUCGUCAAAAAAACGUAACAAAAGUACCUAUUUGAGACCGUCAUAUACACUCGAGUAAACGAAAUUUAUAAUAUAUAAAAUAAUAAUCAAAUAAAACAAGGGCAAUAAAUGUAUACUUAUGACUUAUGAGAAAACUUUGAUGAUAAAUAUAUAAUCCGCUAUACAAUAUUUUAAAAAAGUAUAUAUAUAUAUGUAU